AUGAAAGUGUUAAGCAGCUGUAAUACUUCAAAGACACUAAAUGCUGGGAACAUGGAGAGCCUGAUUGAGUGCCAGUCAGAGGCUGAUGCCAAGAAAUGCCCCCCGCUGGUCCCAGCAGGUACUGAAGAUGGCCACUCAGAUGCAGAUGGAAGAAAGAAAAGAAAGAAGGUGAUAUCACAGUCAUUUACUCUGAGACGAAGCUCUACCAACGGGAGUUCUCCAGGGCAGCUAGAUGGAGGUGCCAAAAUUGGUCUGUUUGGCCAGCCUCUGGCAAUCAUCUGUGGGGAAGAUGACACACUGCCCCAACCAGUCCAGGAUCUCCUAGCUAUGUUAUAUAUGAAAGGACCUUCCACUGAAGGGAUAUUCAGAAAAGCUGCAAAUGAGAAAGCACGAAAGGAGUUGAAGGAGGAGCUAAACAAAGGCGAGAAUGUUGAUUUGAAAAGCAAAUCUGUGCACCUGCUGGCAGUGGUCUUGAAGGACUUCCUCCGAAAUAUCCCCUCCAAACUACUGUCCACCGACCUCUAUGAGAAGUGGAUGCAGGCUCUGGGGAAGCCAAGCAAGCAGGACAAAAUUGAAGAAUUGAAAGAGGUGGCUGACAAACUGCCUAGACCAAACCACGCCUUGCUCAAGCACUUGCUCUCUCUGCUCCAGCACAUCAGCCGAAACGCCGAGACCAACAGGAUGGACUCCAGCAACCUGGCCAUCUGCCUUGGCCCAAACAUGCUGAGCCCAGGGACAGACAGCACACUCCCUCUGGAAGUGCAGAAGGAGAUGAAUGACAAGGUGACAGUGUUGGUGGAGUUCCUCAUAAACAACUGCUCAGAAAUAUUUGGGGAGGACAUUGCCUUGCCUGUCUGUGCCAUGGCUGAGUCACUGGAGCACACAGACAGCUCCACAGAACACCUAUGUGCUGCUCAUCAGAAUGACUCUGCCUAUGACAGCCCGGAUCCUGAAGCGGAUGCCAGCCCAUGCAUGUCUCAGGUGGAGCAGCCCAAAGGGAGGAGCACUAGUGUGAGCCGAAGAUACCCGGCACACAUCUCUGCCUCUUCACUGACUCGUUUCAGAAAUGACAUCAGCACGAUGGACAGGAGGUACUCGGAGCCAGACCUGUCCUUCCAGAACCACCUUGAAGGCAAGAUAAUGAAACAGAAGCUAAACAGAAGUGAGGACAGUUUUCCAGUUCAGCAGAAACAGCUGGGGUUGGAGGCACUGGAGGAACGGCUUGCAAUCCUACCUUCACAGUUAUCAUCUGACUCUCUGCCCAAAACAUCCUCCAGUUGCUCCCUGGAGAGCUCUGAUGGCUCAGUCUUCACCAGCUCCCCAGUAAUUUCACCUUCUAGUCCCAAGAAAACCUUUUUAGUUAGGCCCCAGUCCUUCUCUACCAAGGCCACCGCAGACUGCAGUGCACCUAACAGAGAGAUCAAAAAGCAUUCCAUGUCGUUCUCUUUUGCAAAAAGCAGGAAAACACUAAUAAAAACCCAGAGUUGGGGGCCUGGAAAAAACAUAUUUUUUCAGAGAGACAGUUUCACAAAGAAAGAAGAUGAGUUCUCCUGCAGAGUUGUCCAGGAGAACAGUCCUGGUGAUGACAUACCAUUGCCUGUGGCACAUCAGCAAAGGCCUCGUUUCAGGUCAGCUGAUGACGUGUUCAGAGAGGUAGACCAGAGGAAUCCUGGAAGACCACCCUCUUAUGAAGAGGCUACUAAAAACUGCCUGGCCACUACAGUUCCCUCCCACAAUCUCACAGUUCAAACCAUGAGAUUAAAGGUGUCAAGUCAGGACACUUGGCUGCCUCAUCCAUGCAGCAGUUGUGCACAGGACACAGCAUAUGCAGCUCUAAGGGACUUACCCAGUGGCAGAGUUUCUGCAGGAAAGGAUUCUGAUGUGGAAACUGAAACCCUCAGUGUCACUGUGGGAAUAAACUCCCGUGUGAGUUUGCCUGUGACCCCAGGAGUCUACCGAUUGAGAGCCAUGUCUGAAUCCUAUCAAAAGAACAAACUUGAGUAUGUGGCUCAGAGGUGCAGCCAGCCAGUUUUUGAGGUAGACCAGAUCCAGUAUGCCAAGGAAUCCUAUGUUUAA